GGAAUAUUCCUUCAGCAGUUCAAUUGUCCUGGAUGUAAUUUACACUGAGCCAGAGGGACAUUUUGGCAGGGAUUCGCGCGAGGGUUGAGAGUGCGGGGGUGGAAAAGUGAAAAGUCGAGUUUUCCCUCUCUUGGACGAUUGUCAAGAAAAUUACCAUGUGAAUGGCUGAGAUACGGCUGACGACAGACUGCGUGAAGUUCUUGUGAAAAGUUUUCCUUCAACUCUUGAAAUAACAAAUGACUGUGACACUGAUGGGGAUGGAAUAUAAGGGAAACAGCGAAGAUGUCUCUUCAAUUGCAAUAAUUUCUCACAAGUUGUAUUUUUAAAACUAUUAUGUGGAUUUCAUAGAAACUUUUCCCUUGCCGACUUUCACAUUCUCGGGCAGCUUUAUUGCAUUUUCUGGGCGCACACACACACACACACACAGCGACUGUGGGGAGGAAAGUGUGUGGCAAAAGGGGGAGGGAAUAAUUCAGAGGAACAGCACAGCAUUCGCCACCCCGUGAACAAGAAAAAGUGAAGGGUGUAAAAUAUACAUAGGAUUUGUGGGGCGAAGGGAAGGCGCCUCACACCCACUGCGCGACGCCCACGGCGGCUGAAAUCACGGCGGACAGUGGUGGAAAAGGAGGGAAAAUGCAGCAGCAAGGACAAAUGAAGAGUAUUGCGGGUGACACGAGACCAUUACCGAAUAAUAAGAGGCCGUACCGGAAGACGAGCGCCGAGAUUGUGAGUGAGGCAAAAAGCAUUUUAGCAGGAGGCGGAACUGGCGCUCGAUUAGUUGUGACGCGUCGCCCCAUAACGCCACGCGAGCCGAGGCCAGGACGACACUUGUACGGACGCGUGGCGCCCGAAGGACGACCGCCCAGCGCCUUCAGCCUGCGCUACCUGCAGUUCGAGAGUCGCGCUCUGCCCUCGCUGGAGCCCAUUCCCCAGAUCACGCAGUCCUUCGACGAUGUGCCCUCGUCGCCAACCCAGAGUGCGGCGGUGCAGAGGAGUGAGUCCACGGGAUCCCUACACGGUAGCCUCGAGAGCGCGGAGGACAGCAACAACAAUAGUCAGAAGCGAGGAAAAUUGCCGGCUCUGCUGCAACCGCCCAAGAUUACAGCGUCCCUUGACAAUUUGCUGGAGGAGAUGCCACCGCGCAAGGAUCACCCACUGAGGAAGAUGCAGACCAAGUCCUGCGAGGGAAGCUUGCGAGGCGACAAGCCAGUGAAGAAUUCCCCGGCUGGGACGCCCCAGCAAUCGCAUGUGGCGGUCAGGGGGAUAAAAUUGAAUCGUGCCAAUGAUUUAUUGACACAAUCCUCCACGGAGACGCUGCUGGAGAUGUUGAAAGCUCACACGGGAGUCAAGGAGUGCACAGAUGAAUCAGUUCAACAUAUCACAGGGAUCCUCACUGAGCUGUACUCGCGGGUGAAGGGGGCGCGCGGCGGCUGGCGCGGAGCAGUCCUCACAGCCCUCUACGGUCUGGUUGAGUGUGCUUCGCCGAAAGUUCUGCUCGCUGUGGCUCGAGUUGUUCUGGCGCUUCGCGUGACUGGCAGCAACUUGACGGGUGCCUGCAAGUUAAUCUUCAAAGUGGCGAGGAACGAGUCUAACGAUAAUUUGUUCAUUGACUGCGAUGUGGCGGAGCUCCUCAUUGAGGGACUGGGACGCGCCUCGCCGCUGGAGGAGCCUGAGGCGUGCAUCUAUGGUUACGGCGCUGUGCGCUUCCUGGCGUCCGCCAAUCAGCACCACAACUCGGGGAAGGGCGCGAAGAGGGAAUGCACGAUGAGGUACAAGUCACUGGCCUACAGGCUGGCUCGUCACGGAGCCAUUGAUCUCAUGGUGCUCCACUUGCAAAUGCUCAACGAAGCCGGCGCUCGGGCGAAGCUCGCCGGGCCACCGCUUCAUGCGCUCUACCAACUCUCGGGCGCACUGCGUGCCUUGGCCGGCGCCCCCAUUGUUAUUCAGGCCAUCAAUAAUCCCACGGCUAAAGGGCUCACGACCACACAAACGACGCAAUUUGGCCAGAUCAAGGAGACUCUCGAGGGGGAGGAAAUCCAACUUGAGCUGGCGGGACCGCACCUGGUGCGCGCCGCUGAGAUCUGUAUCGACGAGACGGAGACGCAGGCCAACGUCAUUCGUACGCUUAGCGUCCUGUCCGAGUUGGACGUCUGCUGUGGCGUGAUGGUGGAUUCUGCGGCGAAAUUGGCCAUCCUGCUGGGACCGUGGCCCGAGGGAAGCGCCCAGGAGAUGCCCAAGAAGUCCCUCGGGAUCGUCAGUCGGCUCGGCUACAUUCUGGGCAACAUUGUGGCCAGUUGGGACGCAGCAAGGACCCUUAUUUAUGAAAAUGACGUGUCCAUGGAGCAUCUCAUAACUGCCCUGGAAUACUACUCCGGCCAGGAUUUGCAAGCCAGAGGCCAGGGAGAGGACUCGGUCGUGGACGUGAUUGUGAAGCUGGUGCGAGUCGUGGCCAACAUGUGCGUGAACAGCGAUGUGGGAACGGGGAUGUGUCGAAGGCCCUUCUUGGGAAGCACUCUGCUUAGUCUCAUCAGGACGACAAAUCGCAUUCCAGUUGAUCAGAUGACGGAUGAGCUCGAGGAGAUGCUGCUCGCCAUCCUGGGCGCCCUGCACAACUUGUCCUUCUACCAGGAGGAGGCCGAGGAGCCGCUGAGCAGCGUGAAUGGGAAGAUUCAGCAACUCAGCUCUGCUCUCGUGGACACGCUGAAGAGCCAGUCGAUUGCCUCUCAAGCGGAGGCCGCUCGAGUGCUGGGCAACAUGACGAGGAAUUUCGAGGCACGCGAGGCCAUUUGCUCGGUCGGCGGCCUGAAAGUGCUGGUGCGGAAUCUGGAGUCGGAGGACUUCGAGCUGGUGUCCUCGUCGUGUGGCGUUCUCGUGAACUUGCUGGGCGAUUGGGAGCGCAGGGCGCCGUUCAAGGAGCUGAAGGGGCCCCUCCUCCUGCGUGACGUCCUUCAGCGCAGCGCCAUGGAGGAGGACUGGCUGCUGGCGGGCAUUGUGUGCCAGGCCCUGUGGAAUUUCCUCAUUGACACGGAAAAUGUGGUGGCGGCGCUGGGUGGCGAGGAGGCGGAGUGCAUAAUGCAGGAUCUGGUGGAGUGUCUGGGCGAUGAGGAGAAAAAGAAGAUUCAACGUGCUGACGAGUUGUGGGAACAAUUCUCCUUUGUGGCCGGCGACUUGUUGGAUCGCAUUCAGGCCGCCCCCAUUUCAAUUACAAACUCACCGUGCAUCUCAUCGGAAUCAGAUGAUAACGACGCCGUCGGGGAGAAGGUGGGUCAGGCCUGGGGCACUGGCUUCCGGCAGUGGCUUGAUGAAUGAGCGGGCGACGCGGGAAAUUUCAUUAAAUAAUCAGCAAGUAAAUGCAAUAAGGGACAAAAAUAUUCAACCCUCACUGCGGCAUGGCGAAAAAAUAAGAGAGAGAGAGCGAAUCGUCAAGACGAGCAACGAAAUUAGACUUUCGUCACUCACUGGGAGAUAAUAUUUAUUCCAGUAGCGUUUACCCUCUUCAAUUUUGUAGUUCCUAAUUCAAUUCCUUCCCUUUUUUCCUUCUCGGUAUACACAGAGGAUUGGAUCCAGUUCUGGUAGAGAUGUAUGUUACGAAAAUACCUCACUCAUCCACAAUAAAUUUACCCCAGGAAGUAAUGUUAUAAUGUAGAGAAGGAGCAAAUAAAUUCUGUUUC